AUGGGCGGGGCUCCGGCGCCGUGCGCAGCGAAAAGCGCGCUGGCGGGGGAAAUCCUUGCGAAGGUCCCGGGCGACGCGUUCAGGGAAUACGUGGAGGCCACCGUCGCCGUGAACGCUCCUGGCUGCAGCGUAGAGCCGAGCCUGGAUGUCGGGGGCGGAAAGGGGCGGGGCCUCCUCGCCGCACGGGCGUGCGCGGAGGGCGAGGUGGCACUGGUCGACAGGCCGCUCGCGUCGCUCCAGCACACGUCGAACCGGUCCAAGGCCCUCGUGUGCUCGCACUGCUGCUCCUUCCUCGGCACGACGGAGCUCCAGAUCGCGCGGCAGCUCCUCGGCGACCGCCUCGUCACCGUGUGGAGCCUCGCGCGCUUCUGCGAAGUCGACGGCGGCGCGCGCGACGCCGAGCCGGCGGGCGCCGAGCCCACGCGCUCGGGCAAACGCAAGCGCGCCGCCUCGGACGACGCCAGGCCCGCAGACGCCGCGGACCCGCCAGACGCUGCGGAGCCACACCCGGCGGAGGCGUCCGAGGCCGCGCGCGACCUCAAGGAGCUCCUCGACGCCCUCGGACCGUACCGCAUGUUCGUGCCGUUCGACGCGGACGACGGCCGGCGCGCGCGCACGUCCGCGAACGGGGACCGCGACACCGAGUGCACGGGGUGCAGCGAGGGCGGGUGCACGGACUGCGAGGACGACGGCACGGACGCCUCCCUCACCAUUCCCGUCGGACUCCUCCUGGGGAUGUUUUUCGGCGGCGUGCGCCUCCCCGGGGACCGCGCGGGCGACGCGAAGCUCCACCAGGUCCACGUCUGCCCGGGCGGCUGCCGCGAGGCCUUCUGCAGCGUCGCCUGCGCGCGCGCCGCCUGGGAAGAAGGCCACCGCCUGACGUGUCCCGGGACCGACCCGGACGACCCCGCCGUGCUGCAGCUGUACCGCCCCGACGGGCAGGUCUGCGGGCCGGCGCCCGGGGCGCCGUCGGAGCCGCGCGGGGCAGGGGGCGCCGCGCUGCCGUCGUGGCGGACCUGCCGCCCGCCGUGGAUUGCCGCGUCGAGCACGGAGCUGCGGGCGCUGUUCCGGGAGGCGCCGCCGCCGCGCGGGAUCGCGCGUCCCGCGCUGCAGGAGUUCGUGCAGCACGCGGACGACACGAACGACGUGUUCCUGCUCGCGGCGGGCGUGGUGGCGCACACGCUGCUGCGCGCGUCGCGGCUGCUGUCGCGCAACGGCACCGCGCACACGCCCGAGCUGAUGCUCGCGGCCGUCGCGGAGGCCUGGCGCCCGUUCGCGAUGGGCCAGAGGGCCAUCUGGUGGGAGCAGGUCGCCCGGCCGAGCGACGUCGCCCCCGCGGAGGAGGCGGGGUUCCGCCGGUCGCUCAAGACCCUCGCGCUCGACAGCCUCGCGCUGCUGCACGCGGCGCUCGCGGACGUCGAGCUCCCGGGCGUCCCGCGCGCGCUCGUCCACGUGAUGCUCUCCGAGGACGUGUGGGGGGGGGUCAUUGGGAUGUUUGAGCUCAACAACCUCGACAUCGACCUCCCGAGCCCCGUGACGGAGUACUUCGAGCGCGACGGCGGCGCGCAGCCGGCCCUGAAGGGCCCGUGGGGCGAGGUCGACGUGGCCGCGCUCGCGCGCGCGCUCGGGUGGCGGUGCAGCGUCGCGUGCAGCGGCACCGGCUUCUUCCCGCUGCAGAGCCUCCUGAACCACUCGUGCGACCCCGCGCUGCUCGUCGCGAUGGACUACGACGGCGGGUCGUCCAGCGUCACGCUGCUCGCGCGCCGCGACAUCCGGGCGGGCGAGGAACUCACCAUCAGCUACGUCGACACGGCGCUGCCCACGGACGAGCGGGGCGAGCUGCUGCGCGACUACGGCUUCACGUGCACCUGCCCGCGGUGCAUGGCCGACGAUCCCCUGCGCGGCGGCGCCUCCUGA